AUGAACCGCGGGGUGGCAGUCAAGAUCAAGUACUUUGAUGACAACGGAGGCUGGUCGGAGCGCAAGAGCGCGGCCGCCAGCAGCGCCGUAUUUGCGCUAAAGAACAUCACCGUGGCGAAUGUUGACUUGAAUCAUGUAGACAUUGCGGAUGUUGACCGUCUGCAAGAUUUGGUACUCGCGAGUGCGCCGACGGCGGUGGUGAUGCAGAACGUCUCACCGGCGACGCUGAGCCGCAUCAAGAGCUACAGCCAGAUCCGCAAAGCCUACGCGGUGAUGGAGACGAGCCGGUGCGAGCAGCAGGAGGAUAGUACCAUAGCCCUGCUCCGCCUCGGGCUGCAAUGCGAGCCGACGGAGGUGCCCAAGACGGACGGCAAGCAGGCAUUCCGCGCACUGGUGCAGGUGAACAUCCGCAUCCCUAACGGGCCAUCGCUGUCCAUCACUGUUCUGCACAUGGAGCCUGGGGCGUCCCGCCGCCUCACGUUUGCCAUGGCGCUCUUGCGUGCGCACCCGAACGUGGAUAUCGCUGUUCUGCUCAGCAACGUGACGGAGGGCAUGGUGCUCACCGAGGACCCGUACCGCGAGCUGCAGGCAAACCGCGCAACCGCUGGCUUUGUGGAUGUGAUGGAGGAAGGGAUGGAGCGCACCUCGAACUGGACGACGCCGUGGACGGUGUGGCUGAAGAGCCCCAAGUACAGCGUUCUGGCAUCGACAGCGGAGCUCUUCGUCGGCCAGGAGCCGCGCUACCUCUCCACUACACUUGUCGUCCGUGGGCAGCCGAACUCGACGAUAGCGAUUCCGAUGCCACGCAGCGCCAAGUCCUGCCGUGGGAAGAGUCCCAGCGGGCCUCCCGCACCCGGCACCCCUUCUCAGCCUCUCGCCGAUCCUGCCAUUCUCAGCGCGGAGACGGUAAAGACGCCGAUGCCGGCACCGCAGACAAAUUCGUCCGCCACCGAGAUCAUCCAGCGCCUCAUGCGGCAGCAGCAGGCAAGCCAGCAGCGGUGGAAGUCGACGCACUCCUUUCUACUCAAGGGCAGUGAUACAAAACUCUCUACAGCAGAGGCGAUGUACGACGUGUCGAGCCACUUUUCGAACGCCAACGACGCAGUGGACGCGCUGAACUCGAAAGCGCUGAGCUGGCCUGCUGAGUUCUGCGUAGUGCAUAACACGGUGCUCUGCGCCGACACGGUGGUUCACUGUGAUCGCCAAGCCUUCCGCCGCUACGUCCGCGACAACAAGACGAACGCCAACCUCAGCUCACAGAUUUUUGCCGCUACUACGGCCUUCGCGGCGGCUGUGGCAGCAGCCCCUGUCGUCACCCCGGCGGCUGCCGCGUCUGCGGGGCUGCCCGCCAGCGCCAUCCCAAACGACAAACAGUGGCCCAAGGCAGCGAACGUGCGCAGCGAGAUGGAGGAGUUCUUGAAUUUCCAGCGGCAGCUGAAGGAGUCUGUGCGGCGGGAGUGGAGCGAGUCUUGCUGCGUGAGUGUGUAUCAGAUAACGCCGAGGGAGAUGAAGUUCAACAUCACUCCUGCCAUCGGCUUGGCAAAGGACAACCUGAAGAAGGCGAUUCACUACCUCAACCAUGCGAAGACGGCGUCGAAAGAAACAAACCCGCUGUACGACUAUCCGUAUGACUACGCCCUUUUGUUCUCCGUGGAGCGGCAGGGUUACUGGCUGAUUGCCGCCACGCAUGUGCCGUGCGACAUUGUGGCGUGCCGCAUGGUGGUGUAA